CUGUAACCCCUUUCCCUCCUCCCCAGUAUUUCCGCCAUAGCCGCUGCUCAGCUGAGCUGGAACACAAAGCAAGCGAAACUCGCCGGGGGAAGAAGAAGCAGAAGCAGAAGCAGAAGCAGGAAGAGUAAGAAAUGGGGACUAGGUGGGGAAGAAGAGUGAUACACUUCGCAAACCUUCCGAUCAAGCUUCUAAUGCCUAAGACUUACGAGAACAUCAACGAGAUCGCACUCAAGACAGUCCCUUCCGCCUCCAAAAUCGAAAUCAAGCGCGUCUUGGAGUCGCUCUACGGCUUCGAAGUGGACAAGGUUCGCACGCUUAACAUGGAGGGAAAGAAGAAGAAGCGCGGCGGGAUUCUCUUCGCCAAGCCUGACUACAAGAAGGCCUACGUCACCCUCAAAACCCCGCUUUCUAUAUCUCCCGAUUUGUUCCCGCUGAAGGUUGUCGAGCAGGAGAAGGAGAGGAUGAAUAAGCAGCAGAGGUCCGGCGAAGUCGUGGAGGAUGGUGGUGGGAAGAAGCAUUGGCUCGACGGGAGGAGAGAGGAGAGGGAGAGGAAUGUGAGCAGCCGCGGUGGCGGUGGAGGGUACAAGGGACGUCGCGGUGAUACCGCGGCGGAGAAUCUCAAGUUCCCUUGGAGCAGCAUGAGGACUUCUAGGUAGGAGUUUGGUUUGUUUUGAUACUUCCUUUCUGAACAAUUAGGGUUUCUUGAACUUACUUGUUGGGAAGUUCUUAGUGUGAUUGAAUAUGUAUGAAUAAAGUUAGUUUUUGCCA